AUGACGAUGAAGCAGGAUUUACUGCUUGUUCUCACCAUUGAGGCUGUGGUGGCUGGUGUCGUUUUGGGAUUUGUUAUCAGAACUUUUGAACCAACGUAACUUUGUUUAUUCAAAAAUUCUAUUGGAAAUGUUUGAUUUUGCAGGGAAGAUGUAUUGAGUUUGAUCGGAUUUCCUGGCGAGAUUUUCAUGCAAAUUGUCGAAAUGAUGAUUUUGCCAUUGAUUAUUUCGUCUGUAAUUUCAGCAUUGGCACAAGUUCGAGCAAGAGAUGCUCGCAAAAUUGGAAUUGUUACUGUUAUUUAUUAUAUGAUUACCACUUUCCUGUCGACGUUUGUGAGUUUUUUGAAGGAUUGGCAUUAUCUUUGAAAACUGUAAAUGGGGAAAUUUGAUUAUUUCGUGAUUUUUUAUUCAAGGAAGCGUCCAAAAAUCAAAAAAAAAUAUUUUAGUUUGAACAAAAAUUGGAAAGGUCUGAUUUUUUUUUGAUUUUUGGACGCUCCUUAAGCUAUGCACCAAUCAAAAAAUUAUUCCAAAAACAAUUUUAUAUCAAAAUUUCGAAACGUAUUUUUUGGUGGGCAGAAUGAGAGUUUAAAAUUUUUGAACAAUCUUGAAGUUUGGAGAUUUCGAGCUGAAAACAGAAAAUCUAUCAAUCAAAGUUUGGAACUCAAACUUUUUCAUCUAAAAAAUUUCAAGUUUUUAAAAUUGAAAAUAAUUUCAAACUCUUCUCGAAAAAUAAUCGAUAAUUGGACAUUUUAAAAACCGAAUGUUUUUCAUUAUAAUUUGAAUCUCCGGAAUAAUCUGGAAUUUUGAAAAAAAUAUUAAACUUAAAUGAAACUAUUCAAAAAAAUGUUAUUUGUAAAAAAAUCGACUACGGCGAUCAUAAACAUAAAGAAAUAAAUUAUCAUGAAUUUCUUUAUUUUUAGACAGGAAUAGUAUUAGUAUCAAUGAUUCAUCCGGGAGAUCCAACAAUCAAAAAAGAAAUUGGCGACGCAUAUUUAGAAGACACAGCACUUUCAACAAUGGACACAUUCUUGGAUCAAAUUCGAAAUAUGUUUCCCGAAAAUAUAAUUCAAGCAACAUUUCAACAAGUUCAAACUGUUUAUAAAAAUGCAACAAAUGGAACUGAUGUAAUUGCACAAAGAAGAGAUUUAACAUAUACAAAUGAAAUGAAUGUUUUGGGUUUGAUUGUAUUUUGCAGUGGUUUCGGAAUUAUUUUAAAUUUAUUGGGAGAUCAGGCAAGACUUAUGAUCAACUUUUUCAUUGUUUUGGAUGCUAUCAUUAUGAAAUGGAUUAGUGCUUUGAUGUGGUGUUAUCCAAUUGGUAUUUUAUCAUUGGUUUGUAGAAAUAUUGCGGCUAUUCGGAACUUGACAGAAACUGCACAAUGUAAGAUUUUUCUGAUAGUUUUUUUCCACACAAAAAUGAUCCCUGAAAAUUAUUUUUAUUCGUCUCAACAUUCAAAAUUUUGAAAAAAAACAAUGAAUCCAAAAUUCCUGUGGAUCAAAAUAUGAAUGAAUUUUCGAGUUUCAGAAAAAAUUAUGUUUCUUCUUUAUCCAAGAAAAUAUCUGAUUGACUCAAAAAAGCGGACAAUUUUUUUGGAUUUGAAUUUCUGAGUCAAAAACUGACCGCUUCAGAUUCAGAAACCCAGAAAAAGAUUUGUUAGAGACCUGUUUUAAAAAAUUAAUUGGAAUUUUCUAGUUCAAAACUUUUUUUAAAAAAUUUCCUCAAAAAUUGUACCUGUUCCUUUGGUAGUCCGAUUCCUACAAUAACAAAUGUGUGUUUUUCAGCACUUGCAAUGUAUGUUGUAACAGUAUCUUGUGGUCUAAUGAUUCAUUCACUUUUCACUCUUCCAACUCUUUAUUUCAUUGUCACCAAAAAAAGUCCAUUCGCAUUUAUGACUGGAAUCCUUCAAGCUUUAGCAACCGCAUUUGGAACAGCUUCAAGUGGAGCAACACUUCCAGCAACAUUUCGGGCACUUGAAGAAAAUCUAAAAAUCGAUCGACGUGUUACUCGAUUUGUAUUACCACUUGGUGCAACAAUUACAAUGGAUGGAACUGCGCUUUAUGAAGCUGUCGCUGUUAUUUUCAUUGCUCAGCUUAAUCAUGUCAAAUUGAAUAUGUGGGAUUUGAUCACGAUUAGUAUUACAACAACUGUUGCAUCAAUCGGUUCGGGUUCUGUUCCAGCAGGAUUAGGAACUAUUAAAAUUGUACUAGCGACUGUUGGAUUACCAGCUAAAGAUUUGAAUCUUCUAACUACUGUAGAUUGGUUACUGUAGGUUUUGAAAGGUGGUUUUGAGGGGAAAAUUGAAUACGGAAAAUCGGAAAAUUUUUCUCAAAUUCUGAAUAAUUUUUGAAAAUAUGACUUCCUUGAAUCCCGUUCCCAUGUUUUCCCAAUUUUUCAGUGAUCGAAUUCGUACAUCAGUAAAUGUUCUUGGUGACUCAUUUGGUGCUGGAAUAAUUCAUCAUCUCACAAAAAGUUCACUUUUGGAAGCAGAUACAGAUGAAUUAAUUAGACAAAUUAGAGAGGAUAUUGGUGAAUUUUGAAUGAAGAGAGAUAAUGGAAAAUUGAGAUAUUUCAGACAUUUUGAAUAAUCCGCAAUCUGGUGGAACUUUGCCUCAUUCAAAUCACAGUCCAUAUUCGACAAUUCAUAAAGGUGCACAAAUGCCAUUGAAUGUGAGUUUUUUGGGGAAAUUUUUAGAACCUGGAUGAAAAUUCAAGGAAUCCGAAUGCUUCUGAAAAAUGAGCGAAAAUCGCGCAUUUUUACGAAAAAAACAAAAAUUGAUUUCCAAUUUUCCAAGUUUCGAAGAAUUUACGAAAAUAUGUUUUCAGAAUUUUUUGAAAUCAAUAAUUUGUGAAAAGGAAUAGCUUUGAUAUUGCUCAUAUUACAAUUUUCAAAAUUUCACCAUUACUCAUAGUAAACUCCCACAUUUCAAAAGAACCUAAAAAUUUCAUCGUUAGUAAAAGCAUUGCUCAUAUUAAAAUCUUAUAACAUUUUUUUCUAGAAAAAAAAUAUUUUAAAAUUUUAUUUCCAGUUUUUUUUCCGAAAUUUUGAUUGAAAAUUGGCAUCCAAAGUUUUUUUCGUAUAUCUAAAGUUACAAAAAUUCCCAAUUUCUCAAAAACAAUCCCUAACUCCACAUAUGUUUUUCAGACCGCGCCUCAAGGUUUCUCAAAAUCCGCUCGAGCCUCUUUCGCAAAUGCAGCUCAAACCGAAAAAGAAGGCCUUUUAUCAGCAACAGAAAUCGUGUGA